UGUGCGAAAAUUGAAAUCCCGCCCGAGGUCCCGAAAUGCCGCUCCCCUCCUCCCUCUCCUCCUCCUCCUCCUCCAGUCGCCGUCGUCGUCUUCCUUGAGCUUGGCCACCUUCGAGACUCCCCGCUCCUUCCAUGGCGAGAACCAAGCAAACCGCCCACAAGAAAUCCGCUCGCCGCCGCCCGCCGCCGCCGCCGCGUCGCGGCUCCGCCUCCGCGUCGCGGUCGCCGGCUACGCCCGGGCCCAGCUCCACCCCCGGCACGAGUACAAGCCCCAGGAAAAGCCCCAGGAAAAGUGCUGCUCCACGGGGUCCAGUGGCAUCGAGGCAGAAGAAGCGACGCGUCAGAUCAGCAACAGUCGCUCUCCGGGAAAUUCGACAUUUCCAAAAGUCCUCGGGGCUGCUCAUACCAAAAGCUCCUUUUAUUAGGACCGUAAGAGAAAUUAGUAGUACUCUAGCCCCUGAUAUCACUCGUUGGACAAUUGAAGCUCUAAUGGCUAUUCAGGAGGCAGCAGAGGAUUUUCUGGUUCAUUUAUUCGAAGAUGCAGUGCUAUGCGCUAUUCAUGCAAAGCGUGUUACCAUCAUGAGGAAGGAUUUUGAGCUGGCUCGUCGGCUUGGAGGCAAGGGCCAGCCUUGGUGAUUGAUUGUAAAUUAGAUAUACCAAAGACCGGCAAUGUCGUAUAUCAAAGGAGGUUGUUUCUACUGUCCAGAGACUCUGAUUACCUUACCCAAUUCGUUUAAGAUCCGCAAUGAUCGUUAGGAUGUUAGUAAAAUUAGCUGGUAGGCACUAACUGCAAUCUCUUAGGAAGUAUUAGCAUUUAUUUUCAUCCCCAUCCAUCUUCUACAUUCGGGGAAGUAAUUUGUGUUGUAGAGCUACGGAGGACAAAGAAACUCCAUGGUUGGAUGCUUUGGCAAGAUAUUCGGACUCAGCAAUGACAUCGACAGGAACAGACAAUGUUUUUUUU